AUGCGCGCGGCGGGGGGCAGGUCGCGCACACGGGCUGGGGAGGCCCCGCCGGGGAUUGGAAUCGGGGAGACCUACGUACGCGCGGGCAUCAUUGGCGCAUACGCGAAGAGAGCGCGGGACGCCCGCGCACACGUCGUGCCCAGCGUCGAGCACGACAAGAUGCACCCGCCCACACCCGUCGUGUCCGCAAUCCGCAAUCCGCAACCCGCAAUCCGCAACCCGCAAUCCGCACUGCGAAGGCCAAUCUGGCCGCAUCUGCGCCGCGACCCGAGACUGGCUGCGCUCUGGCACACUGGAACAUGGACAACAGGUCCCGUCGACCAUCGCCCGCACACCCCUUCCCUCCACCCUCCUUCCCGCCGCGGCGCCAUGCACCGGCCACACCCGCGCGCCAGACAUCGGCACGCUCCAUGCGGCGACGCGAGCACGCAGGCGCGGACGGCACGGUCCCCGCCCCGCUGGAUCUCCAGUACCAGUGCGCCAGACCGCGCGCGUCAAGCGCCAUCGGCGUGGGGCGCACAUGCACACCAUGUACCAUACAUCAUCGCACGCGCCGAGGCCGCCCAAGCAGUGCGGCCGACCCGCGCGCGCACCGGCGGCGACGGCGGCCGCCAGGGCGCACACACGCACCCGGCGGGGCCGGCCACCACCCCAGCACACGAGCGCGCACAGGCACAGCCGAGACGCCGCACGCAGCAGCGCCGGUAG